AUGGAGAAUUACCAGAAGCUGGAGAAAGUCGGAGAGGGUACCUACGGCGUCGUGUACAAGGCUCGGGACCUUGCUAAUGGCGGACGAAUCGUUGCCCUGAAGAAGAUCCGACUCGAAGCCGAAGACGAGGGCGUUCCGAGCACCGCCAUCCGCGAAAUUUCUCUCCUCAAGGAGAUGCGAGACCCCAACAUCGUUCAGCUGUUCAACAUUGUCCACGCCGAUGGCCACAAGCUGUAUCUGGUCUUUGAGUUUCUUGACCUGGAUCUGAAAAAGUACAUGGAGGCGCUUCCUGUUAACGACGGCGGUCGAGGCAAGACGCUCCCCGAGGGCACUUCCAUCCGCGUACAGACGCUUGGACUGAACGACACCGUCAUUCGCAAGUUCAUGAUGCAAUUAUGUGACGGUAUCAGAUACUGCCAUUCGCACCGCAUCCUGCACCGAGAUCUCAAGCCCCAGAACCUACUCAUCAAUAAAGAUGGCAAUCUAAAGCUUGCAGAUUUCGGUCUGGCCCGGGCGUUUGGUGUGCCGCUGAGAACCUACACGCACGAGGUGGUGACGCUCUGGUACCGAGCCCCUGAGAUUCUUCUUGGUGGAAGACAGUACUCGACUGGUGUGGAUAUGUGGUCCAUUGGAUGCAUCUUUGCUGAAAUGUGCACGCGCAAGCCUCUCUUCCCGGGCGACUCUGAGAUUGACGAGAUUUUCAGAAUAUUCCGUGCUCUCGGAACUCCCACAGAAGACCUGUGGCCUGGCGUCACAUCCUAUCCCGAUUUUAAGGCAUCGUUCCCCAAGUGGCAACGAGAUUACCAACAACCACUCUCUCCCAACCUCGACGACAAGGGCCUAGACUUGCUCGAGAUGAUGCUCGUCUAUGACCCUGCAGGAAGAAUCUCGGCCAAGCAGGCGUGCAACCACCCUUACUUCGAGGACUACGUGCCAACUCCGGGAUCAACGACAACACCGGCAACAGCCCCAACAGCAGGUCGCGGUAACAGCUACUUCCACUAG